GCUCCUCACAGAGCGCUCAUUGGCCUCGGGGGAUGGGGGGCUCAGGCACAAGAUGGCCGCCGCGCGCUCGCAGCCCGGGGUUCCGAGCUCACCGACCCCCGAGGCGCGAUCCCCGGAGCCGCCGGACCUGGUCCUGGUGCCUGACGAUGGCCGUCCUGCCACACCCCCAGGUGACCUCAUCGAGAUCCAGGUGUUCAAAGUCACAGACACCACGUUGGUCCCUGAGCCCCCGGAGCCAGGAUCCUUUCACUGUGCCCUGUGUCCAGCUGCCUUCCGCUUGGUCUCAGAGCUGCUGUUCCAUGAACAUGGCCACCUGGCACGUGUGGAAGGGGGCGGGCAAGGUGGGGGUGCAAGCCGGUGUCACGUGUGUGGCCACAGCUGCCCAGGGCCGGCCAGCCUGCGCGCCCACUACAGUUUGCACACUGGAGAGCGGCCUUACCGCUGCCCGCUCUGCCCCCGGGCCUUUAAGGCCUUAGCGCCUCUGCUGCGGCAUCAGCACCGACACAGGGCGGAGCCUGGCACGUCUUGCAGACUUCCAGCCAUGGCAUCAGUUCGAGAGCUGAACCCAAGGGUGCCCCAGGAGAGGUCGGAGGUGGUGGUGGCUGCAGCGGCCGCGGGUGCAGCGGUGGGCAAGCCUUUCGCCUGCAGGUUCUGCGCCAAGCCCUUCCGCCGCUCAUCGGACAUGCGAGACCACGAGCGGGUGCACACGGGCGAGCGGCCCUACCACUGCGGCGUCUGUGGCAAGGGCUUCACGCAGUCGUCGGUGCUGAGCGGCCACGCCCGCAUCCACACCGGGGAGCGCCCCUUCCGCUGCGCCCUCUGUGACCGCUCGUUCAACAACUCCUCUAACUUCCGCAAGCAUCAGCGCACCCACUUCCACGGGCCGGGGCCUGGGGCGGGAGGCUCUGGAGGCCGACUGAGACCUCCUUCCGUGGUCCAGGGCUCGGGGAGGAGUGGGUGUGGUGCAGAGAACACUCUGGAAGAAGGGCAUGGAGAGAUUGUGAAGGUGACGGCUGGGAGAGCAGGGCCGUGGAAGUAGAAGGCACUUUGUAGAGGCAAAGGUGUGGGUAAAAAAGACACCGAGACAGAGGAGAUGAUGCACAGCUGAGGGCUGGAGAGCGGAGGGAGGGAACCAGGUCUGGACUUGCAUAGACCCACACUACACUUUGGUGAGACUCGGGGGAAGGGGAAAGAGGCAACCCUGUGGGUACCCGGCUAGAUGCCAGAAUACUGGCAGCUAGGUGAAGUGAUACUCAUUUAGCCCAGGCUGACCUGGAAUUCACUAUGUAGUCUCAGAGUGGCCUCGAACUCAGGGCAAUCCUCCUACCUGUGCCUCUCCAGUGCUAGGAUUAAAGGCUUGCGCCACCACGCCCGGCAACUCAUUUGUAAUCCCAGCAGGGAUAGAAGGCCAAGGAAGGAGGGUCAUGAGUUCAAGACUAGUUUGUAAUAUACAGCAAGACCCUAUCCUUCUAAAAGAGCUACCAUAUUUCUCUGGCCUAUGAGACGCAGCCUGCCACCACAGAGCCGGAGCACUACAGAAGGGGGAGUGGCAGGUGAGCGCAAGGAAAAGAUUCGGAGAUCACCCCAUAGUGUCCCUGUCAGUCUUUCAUCUGCAGAACUCUGGGCCAUUCAGGGGGUUCUACAGGAGGACCAGGAUGGAAUCUUUUGCCUACCUCACUGGAUUGCACUGGAUCUGGGAUGCUUACCCACCCGACCCAACCUCCAGGCAGAAGAUGCCUACCAUGCUGUGUGUAAAGAGAUGGUAUCCCAUCACCUCAAAGCCAGAGAGUACCCAAGUUACAUUUGAGUGUCCUUGAGCCUCAAGGAUGUGAGCCUGGUCAUAGGAUCUUCUCACCCACCCAACCCAAUGUUCCUUUCCAAAAACUUUAGCCUGUGGACGCCCACUUCUACAGAGUAGCUUCAAAACCCUUCUUUAUUUUCCUGCACUCUGAAGUGGAUGGCUUCCUGCCUAGUCCCAGGCAAUCUUGAGGAAGCGCUGCCUCAUGGCUGGCAUGGAGCGUGGAAUAAGAGGAGUCACUGUGGUGAGGGAAAGAGGAGUCGAGCCGGAGAUGAGGAACCUCUGGUCUAUUCUUAUUAAAGGACUUUCUGAAGGG